GUGGAAAAAAAAAGCGGUAGGAACCGGCGUAGGCCAUUGCGUAGCGAACCGUGCGUUCGCUCGAUGACGGAUCGAUAGAGAUCGAAGCGGCCGGUGGAGUGAACUCGUGACCUUGUGUGACGUCGAUGUUGAUUCAUUAUUUGCCGAAGUUGCUGGCCGAUCGAGGCUCGAGCAUCGAUGGUUUCGAGUGUUCCGGUUUGGUGGCGGGUGCGGUGUUCGUUGACGUGCCGUCCAGAAAGAUGCCUCCGAAAGACCUGUCAUUCAGCGUGUAUGCGGACGUUGACUUGGAGGGUUCCGAGGAUUUCGUCGAACGAAGACACUGCGACUUCGAGACGGCUUUGGAAUAUUCCAAGGUGGGAAAAUUCCAGUGGCUCCUCCUGACGAUCAGCGGCGUCGUAUACGCUACGUGCGCGAUAAGCUCGACCGCGCUUUCUUUUGUUUUGCCCUCGGCCGGCUGCGACUUCGCGCUGACGUCAGCCGAUAAGGGCAAACUGACUGCGAUAUCGUUAGUGGGGAUGUUGUUGGGGUGCGGCGUGUGGGGCUCGAUAGCUGACAGUCAGGGGCGGAAGGUGGCGGUCAUGCUGUCUCUGCUGAUGGACUUCUUCGCGGCCGCGCUGUCAUCAGCCGCCCAAAAUUUCGACGUGUUUUUGGUUUGCCGGUUUUUCAAUGGCUUCGGGAUAAUCGGGGCCACCAGUAUAGUAUUUCCGUACCUAGGGGAGUUUCUGUCUAACGGCGACAGGGACAGGUACCUAGGGAGGCUAGAGGUGUUUUGGAACUUCGGCAUCAUCAUCCUGCCUGGUGUGGCAUGGUGCCUGCUGAGCAAGAACAUGGUCGACCUCUACGCGCCGAGCGUCACCUUGAGCCCUUGGCGCAUAUUCGUGCUCGUUUGCAGUCUGCCGAGCCUAAUCAGCUACGUGCUCAUCUAUUACCUACCAGAGACACCCAAGUACCUAAUGGACCACGGGAAAUACGAGAAAGCCAAAAUGGUGUUCCAAAAAAUGUACGCCUUCAACACGGGAAGACCGAUGGAAACUUAUCCGGUGCGCCGUCUCGAAGGGGAGGCUAUCCACCAGACCACCUGCAAGAUGCGGAAAAAACCGGCAGGGUAUUCCCUGUGGCGAAGCGUCGGCAACGUCGCGGAGCGGGUCAGAGCGCUGGCCAGUCAGCAGUACCUCAAGUACCUCGCGAUCACGUGUUUCGCGGACUUCGGACUGAUGGCGAGCUACUACACCCUCGUACUGUGGUUCCCCGAGAUUUUCGAACGGUUCAACUUGUACGAAACGAGGCACCCGGACAAAACCGCGGGCAUUUGCGCGGUCUCCCAGAUCCGCCCCACUCGCCCCUCGCGACCCGGCCAGUGCAAUUUCACCAUCGGCAACACCGUAUUCCUCGAAACGUUGGUGAUCGCUCUGAGCUGCCUGCCGACGUCCGCGUCGCUCAGCUGUUUCAUGCACAAGUUCGGCAAGAAAUUCGUGUUGGUGUUCGGGUUGAUUUUGUCAGGGCUGUCUGCCCUGGCACUGGACCUGGUGCAGAACUCGACGCAGACCCUCCUCGUGUCCAGCGUGUUCGAAUCUUUGACGAGCGUACUCGAGGCGGUCCUUUUGUGCGUCGUCGUCGACCUGUUUCCGACCAAUCUGAGGGCGUUAGCUUUAUCGUUAACGGUGACCUGCGGCAGACUGGGCGCGAUAUUCGGCAACGUCACGUUCGGGUUGCUUCUGGACCUGAACUGCGUCGUGCCGAUCUACUUGUUCGGGAUUUUCCUGAUAGGCAGCGGCGUGCUGUGCCUCGCCAUACCCAGAAGUGACGGUUACGCGCCGAUGUGACGACCGCGCGCCUAUCGACCUUGACUGUGUGCGUGUGUUCGUGCGUUCCUAUUCUAAGACGUUGUAAAUAAUUUGUAUUUUCACGCGAACGGUAUUUAUUUUUUAGUUUAAUUAUAUUGACGAGUUG